AUGCAGCUCCGUCUUCAACUUCAAACUAUCAAAAAAGGAGAAUCAUCCAUGGAGUCUUAUCUCCAAGCUAUUAAGGUCAUAACUGAUAACCUUGCGGCUGCCGGGCAGAAAGUUGUAGACGAAGAUCUUAUUCUCUACGUUCUUAGCGGCCUUGGACCCGAGUAUGAAUCCCUUCUAGUCGCAGUUACUACACGUCCAGAUUCUAUUAAUGUCGACGAUCUUUCUGGAUUACUUCUCACAUAUGAAAUCAGACUUGAGUCUCUCUAUGCCAACUCGCCAACUGCUAAUGUUGUAUAUAGCCGUCGUGGAACUUCAGCGACUACGAAUCAUAAUGAUAAAGGUGUAUUUUCUCCCUCUUUUGGAUCUGCUACUCGUCCAUCGACACCAGGUGCCUCUUUUCACUCACAACAGAGUGCCUCUACUACAUCUUCUAUUUUAGGCCAGCCAUCAAAUUUCUUUAAUUCAAGGACUGGCCCAUCUCGCCCUCAUCGUCCCUAUCGUGGACAUUCUGUAGGAACUUGUCGACGCAGAUUCGACCAUAAUUUUUGUUCAUCUUCCUCAUCGGCAGCUAUGAUGGCAACUCCAUCUAUUGUAUCUAACUCAGCUUGGUACCCAGAUUCUGGAGCAACUGAUCAUUUGACCCGCUAA